AAUACGAUUUAUAAUAAAUGCUAGAAAUAACCACCUCUUGCAAAAUACAUGAACGUAGCCUACAUGUCUUGGAUUGGCGUAGAUGUUCAAAGAUAUGAGAUGUAUUUCCUAUACACGCUAAUUGAAUUCGAUUCUUCAAAUCGUAACAACUAAGGGUGUCAUGUAGACUCAUGAUUUAAGGUUACCCCACAAACAAAAAUCACAACUUGGAGAUCGAGAAAGCCAAUGUUGGGACUCUCCUCGACCAACCCAACAGUUUUGAUAUGUUGCAUCUAAAUGUUGCCUAGGAGUUCGACUGAAGUGUACUGGAUGACCAUAGUACAUGAGCCACAUGUUUUGACUUAAGUUCGGUAUCUUCAAGUAGUUCAGUCAGGGAGAUCAUUUUCGGAAAAACUGAUAUCGAUACAUCAAAUGUGGCCCAAUAAAGUUAUCCCCUACAAUACCAAUCCAUAUGUUCGAUGAAAAAACAUUUUGAGAAUAGUGCUCUAUAAUUUUAGGAUUCUCUUCUGCGCCAUUAUGAUAGAUACUCUUAAAAAAUGUACUCGUCCGUAAACAAUACAUUAUAUAAAAACUUAGGAUUUUGUCGCAUUUCGUAUGUUAACCAUUCACAAAAUCUAGCUCAUUGAGGAAAAUCUCUAGAUAAAAGAGCUUGAAUCCGUAGGAUGUAAUAAGGAUAUAACUUCUGCUGUUUUCAAACUCGCCACAUAGAUGACUAGCUGUUAUUUGUUCUCUUGUUCUUGUUUUAUUAUUACAUUUCUAACUAUCCGGAAACCGAAUUUUUUUUAACAUUCCAAUUGCGGAUUGUGAAUACGUGCAAAUACGGAAUGAUGAGGCGUCAUUCGUUAGGGAUAUUUUUCAGCAUCAAGGCGUCUAGCUUGUCGAGAAUUAGCAUUUGCCAUACCAUACACAAAAUGCAUGACGGCCAUUUCAGCGUUUGUAUACAUGUUUAAAUACACAAAUACUGCAAAAAUUACAACCUACAAACUCACAAGUAAACCUCGAUUGGUAAAUAGUAACAACAGUGUUAACAUCUGUUUACUACUUUAAAUAAACAUUAAAUAAACACGGCAAAUGAAUUGUCGAAGUGACAACAGUCUACUAUUCUAAAACUUUCUAAUUAAAAACAAGCUAGAGGUGUUUAUUUCCAGCAUUUAUUAUGAAUCGUAUUACAUUUUUCAUUUUUACUGUUUUCUACCCAAUUUAUUAAAAAAAAUUAAAUUAUGGUAUUCAUUCGUUUUCUCUGUAGCUAUUGGUUUUGGAAGAGUGAGAAUAAAUUUUUUUAAGAAGGAUUUUAAUUUAUAAUCAAUUCUAUUCCACAAAACUUCAUCUUGAAAAAAGUUUUGAGAUGAAAUAAUGUAUGGGCUGCUAAUUUCACCCCCGUAUAAUAUAACAGGAAUAUCAACAAAAAUACCCGUGGUAAGUGCUUUGCAGAGAUGUGACAUUUUAAAAAUAACAGUAUUUGAAAUGCAAAAUACAAAAUACAAAAUACCUAUUUCCAUUUUGUAUUUAAAUACUUUUUUUAGAAAAGCAUUUUAUAUUUUAUUUGAAAUACCUUUUAGGACAUAUUUUGUAUUUGCAAAAUGCAAAAUACUUUUUGCUAAGUUUUGUAAACAUCGAAGAAUUAAUAAUUAAUGUGUUACAAUCUUCAAUUAAAAUCUUGUUACAAUAAAAGAGCACUGUAAAUAAAACACUAUGUAACUUGGUCUGAUCAGCUUCGUUUAUUAUCGACUCUUUUCGUAUGAAUUCGGGAUUAUUCGGUCACCUUACCAUGCGGUGAGUUUUCGUUGCCGAAAACGCUAAUAGUAGUAAUCUGUGCAAGCCACUUAGGUUGCCAAAUGUGUUGAACCGAACGAACGAAUUAUCUCUUUUUACACUUUUAAUAAAGUUAUCUUGCUUUCCGAUAAAAUAAUAACGAAACCAAAAAAGUGAACCAAAUAAUUAUUGAACUGUUUCGAGUUUGUUUGCAAGUUGAUCAUAAAUUCGGUUAACCGGUAACCUAACCUAACCUACUGAAUAAAUUACUUGGUAACUAUCUUUUCAGUGAAUUAAAUUUGAAAACAUGUAAGUACACAAAAUGAAUAAUUAUAUCUCAUGUUAUUUUUAAUUAGCUACCCGCUACCCACCAAACCCAAUUUAUAAACAAUUACCUAUGUUUUCAUAUUAAAACAAACAACGCUUGUUAAAUACUUUAAUUAAUACAUUGAUUUAUCUAUACCUGCAAAAUGCAUACAUGUUAUUUUUAUGCUUAAUCCCCAUGAUAUUUUCUAUUUUGUUUCAGGGAUGAUAAUAUUUCUCUACCAUUGAUAUUAAAGUAUUGUUUUAAAGAUAUAAAAAAGGAUGCUGGAAGUGAGAAUAAUAAUAUAUCGGCUGUUUGCAAGAAAUGCUCUAAAACAUUAAAAGGAAGUCUAAUUUCAACUACAAAUUUUUUAAAUCAUAUAAAAAGAAAAGGUCAUGGUGAUCUAUUGACAGAGUAUGAAAAUUUAAAAUCCCAAACCAAAACCUCCAAAAAGAAAAAAUGUGGCACACACACUGAUGAAAAUAGUGCAAGUACUUCGAAAAAACUGAUACAAAGCACUCUUCCAACUACUUUGCCAACGUCAAUUAAUUUAGACAAGUUGGUUAUAGAUUUUAUAAUUGAUACAAUGUCACCAAUAUCUAUUGUCGAAAAUAAAUCAUUUAGGACUCUAAUUGAAGGUGCUCAAAAACUACAAAACCCACCAAAAUUUAUGUGCCGUCGCACAUGUAACAAGAGAAUUGCUGAUAUGUGCGCAGAAUAUAAGGAAAAUCUAAAAAUAAAAUUAAAAACCGUUGAUUAUGUGUGUACGACAGCAGAUGCUUGCUCAUCAUUAAGGAGAAGUUACCUAGGUAUGACUGUUCAUUGGAUUGAUCCUCACACAUUUGAGAGAAAUAGUUUUACUCUUGCUUGUAGAAGAUUUAAAGGAACUCAUACCUUUGACAAAGUGGCCGAACUGAUCAUUGACAUACACACAGAGUAUCAUUUGAGGGUACCAAAAAUAACAAAAACUGUAAUUGAUAAUGGCUCAAAUAUGUUAAAAGCAUUUAAAAUUUAUGGAAAAUCUGAAUUGGGAAUGGACGCUACUGAUGGAAUUUUUUUUUUCAUCAUCUGACAUAGAAAACAUUUCAGUAAAUAAAAAUGAUGACGACCAUAAUAAUAAUAAUGAACAUGACGACGAUGAUGAUGAGACAUUUCUCUUAAAAGAAUUUCCUGAAUCUCAAAAACCUGAAGAAACAUAUCAACUGCUUAACCAUGAAAGAUGUACCACCCACACAUUGCAUUUAAUUACCUCUCGUGAUAUUAUUCAGGCAAGAUCUCAAAAUAUUUCAUAUAAAAAGCUGCAUGAUGCAGCUAUGGCUAAAUGCCAAGCAAUUUGGAAUUUGUGUUCAAGGUCCCCCAAAGCGUCUGAAAUAUAUUGUGAAACUACCGGGAAAUCUCCGACAAGUCCAUGUCCAACAAGAUGGAAUUCAUAUUAUAACUGUAUUAUGGAUCUUUUAAAAGUUCAGGAAACUUUAAAUGAAACCUUAAAAAAACUAGGAUUGUCGGUUUUUAAAGAAAUUGAAUUGCAGUUUCUAAUUGAAUAUACCAACUGUACAAAACCCAUAGCAGAAGCUAUCAAAAGCUUAGAGGGAGAUAAAGAAACAUUUUAUGGAUGCCUGCUACCUGAGUUAAUAAGAAUACAAAAAAUCUUGCAUUCAUUACAAAUGGACAAUCCCAUAUACUGUGGAGUACUGAUAGAGACAAUAAAAAAAAGCUUAGAGAAGAGGUUUGGAAAAUUUCAUGAUUUGAAGGAUCCUAAAGCUAAAGAUGCAAUUUUGGCAUCGGUGUCAUAUCCUUUUUUUAAAUUAAAAUGGGUGCCAAAAGGAAAUAGAGAACAUAUAAAGGAAUUGUUCCUUGCAGAAGUGAGAAAACUUAAAAAUGAUCAUAAAGAUAAUACAUCCCAAUCAUCACACAAGAAAGAAAAAAAUGAAUCCUACUACAUGUUCUAUGAUGAUUCGGAUUCCUCACUAGCUAGUGAUAGUGCAAAUGCAAACACCACUAUUGACCUGGAAUCAUUGCAAUAUUUGAAGGAUAAUGAUGUCAGCCUGCAAUCAUUAAAUAAAUAUCCUACAGUAAAGAUGUUAUUUUUGAAAUAUAAUACCUGCUUGCCUAGUUCUGCGCCAGUAGAGAGGCUUUUUUCUUAUGGUGGCAUGAUUAUGAGACCACACAGGAGAAAGAUGAGCGACAGUGUAUUUGAGCAAAUUAUUUUAUUAAAAUCUGUUAAAUAAAUUUAAUUUAAGUAAGUUAUCAAAGUAAAUUUACCAGCCUGUUAGCUGGCUAAAAUAAAUAAACUUUUCAACAAAAUAAAGAUAAUUUAAAACUAAAAGUAUUUUAUUUUAAUAAAGCAUUUUGUAAAUACGUAUUUUGCAUUUAGUAUUUUAAAUAUAAAAUGAAAAACUAUUUUUUAUUUUGUAUUUGAAAUAACAAAAUACAAAAAGUAUUUGCAUUUUGCAUUUAAAUACAUUUUAUAACCUAUUUUGCACAUCUCUGGUGCUUUGUAAGUACACGAAAAUAAAAGAAUCUUAAGUUUCUAGCUUCACUGAAAAUGCACACAUAUAGAAUAUGAUCUGGAAUAACAUAUACCUUUUAUAAUGGUAAAAUUAACCUGUUAGAUAUUUUUCUUUAUUUGAACGUUUCGUGUUAUGUAUAAAUUGUUUAUUGGAUUUGGAUGAAAAACUUUAUAAAUAAUAAUAAUUUUAAAUGGAAUGGGCACAUAUCGCGGACGGAGCCGCGACGGGAAACGAUAGUAUCAAAUAUUUUAUCUUUAGAUUUUGAAUCGAGAAAAUAGAAAGGAUGGGAGCUUGAAAAACUUCGUGUAUGAUUUGAUAAUAUUUAUUUAGUUUAUAAAAGACAUUCAUACACAUAUAAGUAUAUAAGUACAAACGACUGCAUCAUGAUGUGUGAUUAACACUCUUGUACAGUGUGGAGAAGAUUCUCUGUGUUAUUGUUCAAAUAUAUUUUCUCUAAAAUUACAAUAAAAUGGCAAGGUGAGCUUUUAUACUUAUGUACCAUUUGACACACACGACGUUUAUUACACAAAAGUAAAUACAACCUCAUAUUGAAAAAAUAAAUAUAGUCACAAACCAAAAGAAAUGUACAAGACAAUCCUUUUUUCUGAAUCAUCUUAAUAUACAAGGAUGUAUUGAUAUCUAGUUAGCUUAGACCAGUGCCAUGCAUAAACAAAAUAUUGCGUUACCAUAGCAACGAACAAUAACUUAUUAGAAGUGUCAGUGUAAAGUUUGACGUCAAAAAAGUAAACCAGAGUUAUGCAAUAAAUUAAAAGAACAAAGAUGUCUACCGAAAUUGUGAAAAUCGAAAAAUUCGAAUAUCGAGCCAUCAUCAAGUACCUGUAUUUAAAAGGGUUAAGAGGUAAACAGAUUUAGGAAGACAUGCUUAAUACCCUUGGUGAACAAUGUUCUUCGUAUGCGACCGUGAAAAAUUGGACUGCAAGCUUCAAAUUGGGCUAAAACGAAAAAAUUAAAGAGAAAAGACGUGGGAAGCUAUCCAAAGGUGUUUUGUUUUUGCAGGACAACGCCCCUGCACACAAAUCUCAUGUUCCUAUGCAUAAAAUGAGUGAUUUAGGGUUUGAAUUACUAGAACACCCCCCUUAUUCACCAGAUUUGGAUCUUUCCUCAACUGAAAAAAGUAAGUUUUCUUCCAACGAGGAGGUAAUAAAAGCUGUGGAUGUCUGGUUUGCAGAGCAAACGUUUUUUUUUAAAUGGUCUAGAGACGUUGCAGGUUCGCUGUAAUAAAUGUAUCCAUUUAAGAGGAGAAUAUUAUGUUGAGUAAUAAAAUAUUUUGACAUGGAAAUUUUUGUAUGGUUCUAUGGUAGGCUAAGAAUUUCUCAAUAUAUCCUCGUAUAUAAUUCUACUGUACGUGAGUAUGUCACUGAACUUCUAAACGGCUGUACCGAUUUGAAUGAAUUUUUUUGUAUGCGUGGCGCCCUGAUUGGCUUAGAUUCACAAAUCAACCCGACAAAUGGCGCUGCACUCGGUAUCUAGGUUAUUUAUUUAUCUAUACUGCAACUAAACGGUUGGAUCGACUUCAUUUUUUGUGUAUGCAUUCGAGUGGGGGCCCGGAAAAUUCACCGUUUAUGGAUUAUUUAUCUAAACCACUAUCAAUAGAUGCAGUUGGUGUUCAAUAUUGUUGUAUUCGACGUACAAAUCAAUAGCUUGACAUUGUUUCAUUAUAUCAAGUGUUGUAUAUAUUAAAUGUAUAUCGUUUAUUUAUUGGCAUUUAAUAUUUAGUGUAUUAUAUUAAAUUAGUGUCGUUAUUAUGACAUUUCAAUUUUUUUGUACGCGUUGUUUUGAUAUAACUGCUUCUCUAUUCGAACCCACCACACAGAUAAAUGGCUGAUAUUUAGAGUGUUGAAAAUAUUUCUAGUGCUCGUUUAUAGAUGUACAUCAAUUUCACCUAAAAUUUCUUGUGCUACCAUCACAUUUCUAGUUUUACGGAAACCACAAGUGUUUGUUUAAUUUUGUUUAACAUUCCAGCUUCGGAUAAGCGGCUCUGAUUCCAUUCAAAUACGGAAUAAUGAGGCGUCAUAUUGAAUGUAUUUCGUAUAUUUAUUGGCAUUUAAUUUUAAUGUAUUGUAUUGAAAUAGCUUCAUUAUGACAUUUCAAUUAUUUGUAAGCGGUCUUUUGAUAUUAUAUGUAUUCGUUAUGAGAAAUGCUUUGAUUGAAAGCAUAUUUCAAGAUUUACAAGUUAAUUAUAUUGAUCAUGUGUGGCUUCGUGAAUGAGCUAUUUUAACCGUAAAAAUAUUGAUGUUGACGCUACUAACAUAAGUAUACAACAAUCAUUACCCGAUAAUGAGAUAUUCUUCAUUUCGAUCGACACUGUUACUGAUCCAGACUAAGCAGUCAACUAUCCUGUUGAAUUUUUGAAUUCGUUGGAUAUACGAGUACUAUACAUCACUUGCAAUUAAAAAUUGGUUCACCUAUUAUAUUGGUUCGGAAUUUAAAUGCACCUAAGCUAUACAAAGGUACAAGAUUGUUCUUCUUCUUCUUACGUGUAUUAGGCGUAGUCGCCUGUUUUAUCGUCGACAUGGGCAUGUUGCCGGUCCCAAGCCCGGAUAAAGAAGGAGGGUUUUUGGUUUAGGUUAGCUCCCAGAAUAAGGUUAAAACAGACAUCGCUCAAAGAAUCGAAACUUUGUCUCGGAACAGGACGGUACAAUAUUAGUCAUAAAAAAAUUAUGAGCUAUGUUGUUGAAGCUACAAUUGUUGAAAUACAAGUUUCACCUGCCACGAAUCCCAAUGAUCCCUUCAGACUCACCCAUCCUAUUAGGACUUCCGCAAUUUCUAGAAAAUCCCAUCUUUUCACAUGGCUAAUUGUAUGAGACGAUUUUUCACGUUGGAGAACCGUCGAGUUUAUUCAUUAAUACUUCUCUGGAAUCGACUAAAAAUAUUAUUCAUCAACUCUUAUUAAGAUAAAACUAAAAUUAAACAAAUUGUUUAGAAUGGAUUGUUAAUGGAAAAAUUGAGUUAUUUCAAAAUAAAGAAUAAUGAAUCAUACUUUUCACACCGGACGUCUGUCUGGUCCGCUAGUAAUAUAUAUAACUAUUAUAAACAAGUUUCAGUACUGCGAGGUUUUGCUAAUUUGCUAAAACGAAACGAAUAUAUGAAAACGUAAGGGAAGACAUGGGGAGAGAGUUUAGGAUAGAGGUUUAAACGAGUACAGUCUUAGUCUUCUAUCAUGAGAUUUGAUAAUAAAAGCACAAAAAAUGAAUUUGAACAUUUGAAAACCUGAAAGUCAUUUUCAUAGAAGAUGGAGGAAUAAAUACAGAGAGAGAGAACAGAGUAAAAAAAGCUAAUAAAAAAUACUAGGCUGUAAAUAAAAUACAAUAUUCAAGAAAAAAUAAAUAGAGAGACAUUCAUAUGAUGGUAUACAACUUGAUAAUGCCUAUCUCAAUAUAUGGACGUGAAACUUAUGUAAUGGAUAAAAAGACACAGAAUAACUGCAGCUUAGAUGAAACAACAAACGAAAAUAACAGGAAAAAUAAAAAAAAAUUAGUUGAAAGAUGCUUAAGCUUGUACACAUAACGAGAAGAACACCACAAACCUAAUACCCCAAUAAUUUGACGCUUAAAAGGUCACAAAAAAUUCUGGAGAAAAAGAAGAAGAUCUAUAUACGAUUUUUGCAUCUAGUUACUCAACUAUCAAAAACCAUACAUGAGCUCAAAAAUCGACUUCCUCAACUUUGGAUAGAAAUUGCACAAAAUUUAUUGAACAAUUUGGUUUGCUAAGAAGAUGUGUUGCUGUGAUACGUGCGCUUAAGGGUCAUACAUUAUAUCAAUUGUUGUCUAUUUGUUUACAUACCUAGUAUACUGAGAUUUUACGAUUAGUUCUAGUCAUUCAACUAUUCACAAAUAUAAAAUUUUUUUAUUCUGUGUUUCAAAAUUAAAUUUAAGCAAUAUCCUCAACAAUCCAACUGCAGUUUAUAAGGUGAUCGAUUGAAUGAUCAGUGUAAAGCAGUAAAUAAAAUUAUUGCAUUGAA